AGAUUAACACACACCACGGCAAGAAGGCACGCAACCUGAAAAACCCAUGCAGUGCAGUCCUCCUUUCUUGGAUUUAGACUCGCAACGCCAUGCUAAUCUCCACCCUGUUAGUCUCCGUCCUCGCCCAUGCCUACGCCAUUAUUCCGGCCAAUGCUUUUGCUGCUGCUCGAGACAAGGUCCCCGCGCCGGCGGUAUUUGCAUUCGGCGAUUCCACCGUGGACACCGGCAACAACAACUUCAUCCAGACCGUGGCCCGGGGCAACUACCCGCCUUACGGGCGGGACUACGCCGGAGGGGUGGCCACCGGCCGGUUCUCCAACGGCCGCCUCUCCGCCGACUUUGUCUCCGAUGCCCUGGGCCUUUCGCCAUCCCUGCCGGCCUACCUAGACCCGGCCCACACCAUCCACCAUCUCGCCUCAGGCGUCAGCUUCGCCUCCGCUGGCGCAGGCCUGGAUAAUAUAACCUCGCAAAUCAUGUCAGCAAUGACCUUGAGCCAGCAGAUAGACCACUUCAGGGAGUACACGGAGAAGCUGAAACGUGCCAAAGGCGAGGCGGCCGCGCGGCACAUCAUAAGCCACGCGCUCUACGUCUUCAGCAUCGGCAGCAGCGACUUCCUGCAGAACUAUCUCGUCUUCCCCGUCAGGGGCUACAGGUUCUCCUUGCCAGAGUACCAGGCGUAUCUCGUCGCCGCCGCCGAGGCCGCCGUGCGCGCCGUGCACAAGCUCGGCGGUCGCGCGGUGAAGCUCGUCGGGCUGCCGCCGCUGGGGUGCCUGCCGUUGGAGAGGGCAGUGAACCUCCGCAGGCCCGGGGACUGCAACGAGAUGCACAACAUGGUGGCCAUGAGCUUCAAUGGCAGGCUCGUCAGGCUUGUUGCCAAGCUCAACUGGGAGCUGGCAGGGGCGCGGCUCGUGUAUGUCGACCAGUACACUCUGCUCUCAGCUAUCAUUGCCAAGCCAUGGGAGUACGGCUUUGAGAAUUCAGUGCGAGGAUGUUGUGGCACUGGGUAUGUGGAGACAGGGGUGCUAUGCAGCUUGGACAGCGCGUUGACGUGCGGCAAUGCCGAUAACUACGUCUUCUUCGAUGCCGUCCAUCCAUCAGAAAGGACGUACAAGAUCAUAGCCGGCGCGAUCGUAAAUGCAACAACGUCGCACUUAUUUCACUGAUCGACAUAAAUCUGUCUCUGAAUUCAACAAAGACAGUGGUCUUUGAGAAAUUUGACAAACGCAGAAAUUAAUCGUGUUCUCAGUUCCAGGGGUGAUUUUAAUUCUAGCAGUUGCCUCUUGAGAUUCAUGUGCUACAAGAAAAUGAAGGGCAUUGGAUCUCACCUCUUAAGAUGUACGGAGUACAGUACUGGAGUACUUGUUUAGUUUGUCAAUUUUGGUGGCCAUAUAAUCAGAGAUUAAGCCAUAAUUUUGUCUUUUUUGA